GCUGCAGCUGCACCGGAAGCCAAACAAGGAGUUCAGGUUUAAAUAUCAUACGUGUCAUUUCUAGAGUUUCAGUGAUUCACUCAACUGCUGAAGACUAUAAGUGAACAAAUCCAUAAGCAUGAAAGCUUUAAUUCUGGUGGGUGGGUAUGGGACCCGGCUGCGACCGCUCACCCUGAGUGUCCCCAAACCGUUGGUGGAGUUCUGCAACAAACCCAUCUUACUGCACCAGGUGGAGGCACUUGUCAAGGCUGGAGUGAACCAUGUGGUUCUGGCUGUGAGCUACAUGUCAGAGCUGCUGGAGAGAGAAAUGAGAGUCCAGGAGCAGAGACUUGGGAUUCGUAUCUCUCUGUCUCAUGAAAAGGAGCCUCUGGGAACCGCUGGGCCCUUGGCGUUGGCCCGAGAGCUGCUCAACGUCGAUAACGAGCCCUUCUUCGUCCUCAACUCGGACGUCAUCUGUGAUUUUCCCUUCAAAGAUCUGCUGCAGUUCCACCGCAACCACGGCAAGGAAGGAACCAUUGUGGUAACACGGGUGGAAGAGCCGUCUAAAUACGGUGUGGUGGUGUUUGAGUCUGACACUGGGAGGAUCCACCGCUUUGUUGAGAAGCCGCAGGUCUUCGUUUCCAACAAGAUUAACGCUGGAAUGUACAUCUUCAAUCCCAGCAUGCUCAGCAGGAUCCAGUUGAGACCAACAUCCAUCGAGAAGGAAAUAUUUCCUGUCAUGGCAGAGGAGGGCCAUCUGUAUGCCAUGGAGCUGCAAGGUUUCUGGAUGGACAUUGGUCAGCCUAAAGACUUCCUGACAGGAAUGUGUAUGUAUCUCCAGUCGCUAAGACAACACGCUCCCGAGAGGCUACGCACAGGGCCCGGUUUCCUUGGCAACGUCCUGGUGGAUCCUACAGCACAGAUCGGGGAGAACUGCACCAUCGGUCCGAACGUCACCAUCGGUGCUGGCGUGGUUGUGGAGGACGGCGUGAGGAUAAAACGGUGCACGGUGUUAAAAGGGUCAAGGGUUCGAUCACACUCCUGGUUGGAGAGCUGCAUCGUGGGGUGGAGCUCCUCCGUCGGCCAGUGGGUGCGCAUGGAGAACGUGACGGUGUUGGGGGAGGACGUCAUUGUGAAUGAUGAGCUUUAUCUGAACGGUGCCAACGUCUUGCCUCAUAAAUCCAUCAACGAGUCAGUCCCAGAGCCACGAAUCAUCAUGUAGCAUUGGGUGGAGUAAAGAGAAAAUCCCAGCUAAAUUUUAUACAAACUGGACUGAACACACUAAUUGUGCCAGAUGGUGAAGGAGGAGGAACAAAAGGCUUUUUUUCUUUGUUUUCUUUAUUAAAUUAGUUUGGACUCUUUUUAGCCCUGCUCGGCUGCAUCUUCUACCUGUAAGUAAUGAUGCUGCAAAUCAAAGACAGCAGGAAGUUGAGUUAAACAGAUGGUAAAGAGGACAAAAGAUAAGGGGGAGGGGGCUUGUACACUUGGUGGAGGGAUUGAUGUUCAGAGGGUGGUGGGGUUAAGGAGAGGUAUGAACACUGCUGGUUAGAUUCAUUAUGCAUUUACACUCUCUGGAUAACGUAAGUGAAGGGAUGCUAGAGGAUCAAAUCACAGCUACAUGUUGAAAUCAUGACAUGCUCUGAUUUGACCUGUCAAACAAAAGGCAGUUAAAGCUGCAGGUGUGCACUGCAAGGAAAGGAGUUUUCUGAAAACACAUUUAAAAAUGUGAAGUCAUGUUCGUGCUCACUCAAUGAAUGUAAGUCCAGCAUACUCAUAAUUAGUGUUUUUCUUUAUAUAAGUAUAGGUAGGUAUAAAACUAAGAGAUUUUCUAUUCUUUCCUUGUAUUAUGAAAGCUGUUUGCUACAGUAGAAAAAAAAAAACCAACAGUUACUGCUCAAAAACCAUGAUGUAGCAGUCUUUCGGUCACAAUCUGCAGUUUAUGUUUACAGAUGUUUCAGUCAGACUGGAUUUGAAAUGUUUUGGUUUAAAGUGUUUUGUACCCCCUGAUAGUAUUCUUGUUGACUUCACCGUGCUGCAGUGAUUUAUAUGGUGUACAUUGGAACUGUCACAUCACAGUCAGGUGUUUCUAAAGGUUGUUUUUGUCAAAUUUGUCAGGAUAAAUCUGGUCUCUAGAGGGGGGUAAACUCAAGUCAAAGUUUUGUAUUAAGUAAAUCAGAAGCCUUUAUUCCUCUUUUUGAUGACCAUUUUCAGACAUUUCAGUCUGAUUAGGACUUUAUCCUCUCAGCUGUGUAUCAGUUGGCUACAUCAGCGCUAACUUGCUAAUGAUACAUCAUGUAAUAAUUAUUGUUCUUUUUUUUUUAAAUUUCCUAUCCCCAAACAUUUUUCCCAGGAGUUGAUGUUUUUUUUUUUUAUUGUUGGAGAAAUUAUUUACGAAGUUAAGACCAGUUUUGCAAAUUGCUGGUUGCCUAAAUAAAUUGACUAAAAAUUAGGGGUUCAAAAAGACCCCUUAGAAAAAUUUCCUUCCAUUGUCUGCCUUUUGGGUACAGGCAUGUGCUUCACUUGUUUGACCAUUUCAAGUGAUACCCAAAACAAAAACAUCAAAGAUAUCUGACUAGUAUUUUUCUCUGAAUGGAGUAACCCUUUGGGGAAGGUCAGUCGUUUCUAGGCCACAUGUGGUUUAAAUGGUAAAAAAAACUUUAGGACCUGUAAAGAUGUGUCAGAAUGGAAGUUUCUUUUUAAAGAUCCUAAUGUUUCAGUCUGACCAUAGUUGUGUAAACCAAACACAGGUUUGUCCCCACAAGCAACAUGACAGGUAAACAUAUUCUCAGUAGCCUUUUGAACAUCUGUUGUGCUUGUUGCUCAGUUUAAGAAACCCAUUCUCUAUGAAAUGUCAGUUUUUGUUAUUGUUUUUUUCUUUUAAUUUUACUAUAUCCCCAGCAUCUCUGUGGAGAUCUAGAGCCAUCUUCCUACAGUAGAAAAAAAGAACUAAACCCGUUUCACAUAGCACUGAAUAGCUCAUUAGCACUUAUUGGCCCGCCCUAGCUUCUCUUCACUGCAGUGAAAACCCACUGGUUCAGUCCAGGAUUACUUCCAGCUUUGUUGUGACUAAACACAGCUGGCUGUGAUGGAAAAAAAGCUGCUGAAACCUUUCAUGGCUGAUCAAACAGUUACAAAUGAACGUUGAGUCUCACUUGCUCGUCCAACAUGGGAAGUAAGAGUUGCUGAUUUUACAGAGUUUUCCUUCAUACUGUCCCGAACGGGAAUAUUAGCAGGAACUAUUUUCUUAUAGGCACUAUAUAAAAUGCAGAGUCCUGAAAGAAAUGCUACGUCUGGCAACUUAUCUUACACUGAUGUUAGACUGAAUCUAACAUAAAACAUUUUGAAUUGUGGCUCCUGAAAAGGUUUCUGUAGCGUGUACAUGUUACUGUCGGUUUAGCUGCAGAGGUACUGGUACUGAUGAGUUCUUUACAUUUGACUUCAACACUGACUGAUCCUGUACAACUCAUCAGACCUUUGUUAGUUCAGACAUUUGCCUUUGUGUGUUGAGAAGUGGCUCUACGGUUGUUAGUGAUUAGCAGUUUUCAGAUGUCUGAAUGUGUUAACACUGUGUCUGAAUGAAUGAAUGAAGCCCAUUCUUGUAAUGAAGUUUGUUUCUUUUGUUUGUUUUUUUUAAGAGAAUAAUAUAAACUACUGAUACAUCUUC